UUACGCCGACGUUAGGGGCGGAGAAAGAGGGGCGACUCUAAUGGCGUAUAGCAGUCUGACCGAUCCAGCUCUCCACAAAUAAACAACAGCAGUACUUCACGGUCUGGCCUAAUUUGUGCUUUUGUUAGUUGUACCGCGCUGCAGCCGCGCUUUGCGCUUUUGCUCAUUGAGCAGAUCGCCUGGGCUUCUAUUUAGCGGCUUCUCGGAGCACAGAGGCCCAGAGGAAAGACGGCGGAUCGAGAAUAUGUAACAAACAUCAACAUGACGUCCAGAUUUAGUAAAACAUAUACACGGAAGGGAGGAGAGGCCAGCUCGAAGUUUGAUGAGGUGUUUUCUAAUAAGAAAGCUACGCUUAGCACCAAAUGGGGAGAGACCACCUAUAAGGCACAGUUGGGGGUCAAACGGCCCUCGUUCAAGCCAGAGGUUCCUGAGCUGACUAAACGACCCCGCUUUGAUGAUGACGACAGCUCAGAGGACCCCUUUGGCUUUGAUAGUGAUGAAGAAUCCAAAACGGUCACAUUCAGAGGUACUCCACAAUCUGAGACUGGCUCAGAUGCAGCAGGAUCCGGGAACGAGCAGCUGAAGGCCCAGACAGAAAAGCUCAGUCACGGCACAGCGGUGACUGCUGUGGGUACUUCCACCUUGGGCAGCAGCCCAAACAUCAGCACCGGGGUGGUUGGUAUUAAUAGCCCAGCUACAACAUAUCCAACCUCAUUGCAUGGCAGUGCAGGAGCCUGGAGCAGAUCCAGUGUGACCGUAAGCAAACCAGUCUCCCAGAUCUCCAGCUUAAAAACCCACAGUAGAACCAUCUCUGACUGGGACUCUUUCGGGGAGGACUCUCCUCCAGGGGCCGGCGAGGGGAGUUCUACCCAGGCUGGAAACUCUUCAGAUGGGCUCAAGAGCUCAGAACAGUGCCCUGAUGAACCUGAACCUCCAGUGGAACCUGUUGACUUUGAGCAGCUUCCUCUUCUUAAACCAUCCAGCGACAGAGUGUACCGACGGCCACGGAAUAAAGAGACGGAUAGUUCUGGAGCCGGUGAUGCACCAGUUCCUGCUGUGACUUCAACACCAGCCUCUGCGCUGGUGAAGAGUGCCCCUGCAGGGGUUGCUGGGAGUUCAGAGGUCAAGCCCGCAGGUCGGGGCCGUGUGAGGGACUACACGGUUCUUCACCCGUCCUGUGUGUCCGUGUGUAACGUGACUAUCCAGGAUUCAGUAGAAAGGAGCGUGGAUGAUUUUGCCAGCCCAGUGCAAGCUGACAUAGGAGAGGCAGGAACCUUCCGGAGGAAAUCCGACACACAACCUUCCAAACCUACGAGGUUCAGACCUGCUCAAAGUAAAAGUAAAAAGGAGACAAAACUGGAGUUUUUUGGCUUUGAGGAGAAUGAGGCUCAGGACGCAGAUGGAGACGCCACUGCAUCCGGCAGCACCAGCUACAAGAUCAAAUACUUUGGUUUUGACGACCUGAGUGAGAGUGAUAGUGAGGAUGAAGACGACUUAGCUGCUAAAGAGAAAAAGAGGAAUAAGAAAGCAGAGACGGAAGCUUUGACAAGCAGCGUGGGCAGUCCCCAGAUCAGCGACUCGCAAGAGAGUCAACAGAGUCAAAGCAGCCUAAGUACAGAUUCUCAGGAGUCGCUGGAUGAGACAGGAGAUACAGGCUCACAGAAGGAACGACAUGGAAAGCAAACCGACAGAUCAAAGGAGAUCGGACGCAAGAUCUUCAGCAGGCCAAAAAAAUCUCCUGCUAAAGCCGUUUAUAACGCUCGUCACUGGAAUCAACCCGAGCCGGAGGAAGUGCCGCCUUCUGCUUCCUCUCAUACUUUGGCUGUACCUAAGGCCAGUGUGUCCAGCAGCAGCAAAGACACAAACUCUCAUAAAGAUGAUGGAGUGUUUAAAGCUCCACCCCCUCCACCCAAAGUCAUUAAGUCUGUCACUAUCCCCACUGAGCCAUACCAGGACAUCGUCACUGCACUAAAAUGCAGGACGGAGCACAAGGAGUUGUACACGGUGGUCCAACAUGUGAAGCACUUUAAUGACGUAGUGGAGUUUGGGGAGAAUCAGGAGUUCACUGAUGACUUUGAUUAUCUGGAGACGGGCUUGAAGAGCACACAACCCCUCAACACACGCUGCCUUAGUAUAAUCAGUCUGGCCACACGCUGUGCCAUGCCCAGCUUCCGCAUGCACCUGAGGGCCAGAGGGAAGGUGGCCCAGGUCUUUAAGAUGCUCAGUGAUGCCCAACAACACCCGAACCUGGCUCUUUGCACAGCAUCUCUAAUGUACAUACUGAGCCGAGACCGGCUAAAUAUGGACCUGGACCGGUCCUGUCUGGAGCUGAUGAUCAGGCUGCUGGAACUAGAGCAGGAUGACUCCGUAGCAGACCAGUUAACAGCUAAAGAGAUGAGCCGGGUUAAACAGAAGAUCCGCAAACUCUGCGAAACAGUCCACAACAAACAUCUGGACCUAGAAAACAUCACAACUGGACACUUAGCGAUGGAGACAUUACUGUCACUGACAUCGAAGCGAGCCGGAGACUGGUUUAAGGAAGAACUGCGCUUACUUGGGGGUCUGGACCACAUUGUAGAUAAAGUGAAAGAGUGUGUUGAGAACUUGAGUAGAGAAGAAGAUAAAGAGAGUCUGGUGGCGUCACUUUGGGGAGCAGAGCGCUGUUUACGAGUUCUGGAGAGUGUGACAGUCCAUAAUCCUGAGAACCAGACUUAUCUGAUCGCCUACAAGGAGUCCCAGCUCAUCGUAUCCUCAGCAAGGGCCCUGCGGCAUUGUGAGCAGAUGAUACAGCGCUACAGCCGAGAGGUCUCUUCACCGAGCUCCGCCCUCCUGCAGAGUAGUCAUAGCAACGUGGGCAAGGCCGUGGAGGAUUGUAUGAGAGCUGUUAUCGGAGUUCUGCUCAACCUCACACAUGAUAACGAGUGGGGCAGCACUAAAACAGGUGAGCAGGAUGGCCUCAUACAGACAGCUCUGGACUCUGUUCUGAAGGUCCCACGCUAUUUGCCUCAGGAGCAGAGAUUCGACAUCCGUGUCCUGGGUCUGGGUCUGCUGAUAAAUCUGGUGGAGUACAGUGCCAGAAACAGACACUGUCUGGUGGAGAUGGACCUGGACUUUAGCUACAUGAUCAAGAUGGAGGUACACGUGAAGUCGGAGAAUGACGUGAAAACGGAAGGAGAGGAGGAGAGUAAGGCGGACGGACAAAAAACGAAUCAAACCGAGUGCGAGAAGGGACCCGCGACAGUAAAGUCAUCAAACGCGCUGGCUGCUCUAGUUCAGCUCUUUCUUGAACGGGAACAAGCAGCAGUGCUAGCUGAGGCACAGACCGAUGACCUCAUAAGUGAGGCGCCCAAAUCUCAGGCAGACCAGAGUGGGGAGUGGAAAGAAACAUCUGGAGAGAUCCAGUGGGUGGCCUCGGAAACCAACGACACAAAUGACAAGAAAGAGGAGGAGGAAGAGGAGCUUGACCUCAAUAAAGCUCUGCAGCAUGCUGGGAAACACAUGGAGGACAGCAUUGUGGCAUCAUACUCCGCUCUUCUUCUUGGGUGUUUAUGUCAGGAGAGUCCGAUGAAUGUGAAAAUCGUACGGGAAAACCUUCCCAAGGGAGAUUUCUCUAUCAUGACUGAAAUGCUGAAGAAAUUCCUUAAUUUCAUGAACCUGACGUGUUCUGUCGGAACCACGGGACAGAAAUCUAUUUCACGGGUGAUUGAUUAUUUGGAGCACUGUUAGCAGAGGUGUCGUAUUUCCACCUCUUCUGUGGGUUAAAUCUGGACCUGGCCACGUGCCUUAGGCCCUUCAGGACUAGAAACAACAGAUCCGGUGGUAAAGGUGGUUAAGUGUCGCUACAGUCACCUGAGUGGCUCACUGCAGAGACUUUCAUGUUCUGUUUUUUUUCCUCUUUCUUUUCGCUUGUUUUUACAUUGUGUGUUUUUCAAAUGCUGUCUCUUUCUCUCAUACUCACACACGUACACACACUCGGCUGUGUUUGCUUAAUAUUUGGUUUUUGAAGCACUGAUUCUCAUGUAAAAAACAAACAUGAUUUUAAGAUGGUUGUCCUUGUUUGUAGUGUAAAGAUUUACACUAAACCUAGUAACUUAUUGAUAUUUCAAACACUGAGGGCUGAGGCUUUGUUCACACUGCAUGCAAAUCCGCUUUGCUUUUCAAAUCUGAGUUUUAGGCCAGACUGUUUACACAUGUAAGAGAAUUUAUUACACAGUAACAAGAGUUGUAGAAACUGGUAACUUUGCCUCUGCUCAUGACAUGACACAAGCAUCGAGAGGCAUUUUGUGUGUUCAGGAAUAUAUCCUAAAAUAUUAUUUUUCAUGUUUUUAAAAGAAGUCCCUUAUGCUCACCAAGGCUGCAUUUAUUUGGUCAGAAAAACGGUAAUAUUAUUAGAAUUAAAAAUAAGUGCGUUCUAUAUGAAUACAUUUAAAGAUAUAGUUUAUUCUUGUGAUGGGAAAGGUGAAUUGUCAACAGUAAUUUCUUCAACUUUUUAAUUGAAUGCAUCCUUGCUGAAUAAAAUAAUUAUUUUAUAUAUAUAUAUAUAUAUAUAUAUAUAUAUAUAUAUAUAUAUAUAUAUAUAUAUAUAUAUAUAUAUAUAUAUAUAUAUAUAUAUAUAUAUAAAAAAAAAGGAAUUAUACUGGAGUCUGGUCCCAAAUUUUGAACCGAAGUGUACAUGUUGUUUGCUGUUGAAAGUAGACUCUAAAAAUAAUAAUAAUAAUAAUAAAGCUAAUUGAGUCAGAUGUGCAAAAAAAUAAAAAUAGAAUAAUGAUUUUGCUGCCAGUCUGAAGAAAGCCUAAGAUGCCUAACGAACCAAAGACAAAGACCUUGCGAACAUGACACCGUGGAUUCCUGUAGGGAUUCUUGUAGUCCUGCUCACAAAGUGUUUAAUGAUUAUGAGAUGUUUAAUGUUCAUAUAUCAAACGUUUCUUUCACAUUUAUACUGAAACCAAGCUAUUAUGUUUGAUUUCUGUAAAAACUACACACUAAACAAAAUGUUUUGGUGAUUUUUAUCUGGAUAUCAAGGGAAGAAUUGUAGGGGGCUCUGGCAUAUUUUCAUUGCUUCUUUGAUCUUCCAGUGGCGUCUGCAGUUUAAAUACUUCUCUGUGUGAAGAAUCACCAUCUUACAUUACCCUUGGAAAAAAGUUUUUUUUUUUAAUUCAUAAUGUUUCUUUGAUUAGUUUUGGAGACUGUGCUGUGUGAGGUCCAUUUCAAUGUAAAAAAAAAAAAAAAAAAAACGGUACUUAAAAAUGCUUUUCAAGUGUUUUAGUGCGUUCAUGACUCAAAUCAAAAUGCUCAUCCUUUGUUAAUUUAAUUAUGAUCUAAAUAGCAUGGAAUUGAGAUUUAUUGUUUUAUAAUUUUAUGAAUUAUUUUCUUUAUCUUUUGAUGUGAUUUCAGAUUUUUUUUUCUUAAUUAUGUUUCAGACAUUUUUAAUUCCAUCCUGUGUAUGUCUGCAGAAUGGCUGGAAGCUGCUGAAAGGUCUUCAAGAAAAAAAAAAAAAAAAAAAAAACUAAACAAAAGACAGUGCAUACUUUUUCAGACCGAACUAAGCAAAAGUGUCUUCUAUUCCUGUCAGAUCUUUGCUGAAGCAGAGCCAUAUGUAGUAAAGCUUGUUCUAUUUUGUAAAACUGAAGCAAGUUUUACGAUAAGUUAAUUUACAGAUCUGAAUUAAUUUUUCUUUCAAUUGUACAUAUUUCUGUACAUAUUUGAUGUUAGACUGCUAGACUACUUUCACCAACUUUUCUUCGUUUUAUACGUUCCCCCCUUAUUGCAUUAUUUUAGAUAAAUUUUAAAUUACAAUUACAAGAAAUAUAUAAAUAUUAUAUAUAUAUAUUAAUGGAAACGAUUUGUACCAUUUUCCAGGAUGUUGUCUUUGGUUACAAUGUAAAUAAUUUGACCUUGAAUAAAUACUUGCUACUUUCA